GCCGCCCUCGCUACUGCCAUCAACGCAGGAGCUGGACAUACUAAGAGAGAUGCCAUUUCGAAGCCUAGCGACUCAUCUCGAUGUAUCCCAAUCGGAGGCCUCACGGCUGGGAGAGGGCUCAGUUGAGCCAACAUGCUACGUACCGUUGGAGGAGCCCCUUGACCCCGAGAUGGAGACAGACAUGCGGGACCGAGAGGAGCGUCAAGAUCCUGAGAUGGCAGCCGAGCGGCCGGAUCCGAUGCGACCUCAGGGUAGAGAGGUGAUCACGGUUGGGGACGAUACCCCUCCAUGCUCCCCAGCUCUAGAGCCAGCACAACAUUCAUGGCGAGAGGGGAUUCCCAAGCCAAGCAGUGAGGAGAUUCUGGAGUUUCCCCCUGAGGCCACCACCAUACCUGAGCAGGAGGCAAAGGCGGAGGACCAGGGUGUGUGUGAGAGAGCGAGGAUGGAGGCGCCCCUUGACUUGCCCUCGGCCACGCAGGUGACCAAGUGCCCGGAUAUCGAGGAACCCGUUUCAGCAGAGUUACCGCCAGUAGUGCCGCGCGCGAGCGAAGGGGCAGAGGUGGAGGCUUCAACUCCGGGAGACCAGGGGCCGCGAGUGGAAGGAACCCCAAGAGAGACCCGCGAAGAAAAGUCCGCCCGAGUGCGGGUCCGUCUGGACGAGAUAUACGCAAGACAGGCUGAGAUGGAGACGUCAGGGAUAGAGCCGACACCGCCGAUCGUGCCCAAGACGAGUGAGCAGAGGAUCGACGAGUUGUGGGCUAGGUAUGAGAGCCAGAGGGAUGCAGCCCGCCAGAGGUCACGAGAGGCAGGACGGGCGGACGAGGAGACGAGUGAGCUGAGAGAAAUGGGGGACUUGGGAUUCUCCGCGACCAGGCAGGCGAUUGAGCGCAUGGAUCGGAGGGUAUGCGAGACGGCAGUCACAUCUUUCCAGUGGUAUAAUCUACUCAGCAAUGAGCUCAGGGUUAAGGAGUUGGAGGUAGAACACCUGACUACUCUGCUUGCCGAGGAGAGGGCGAGGAGCCAGACCAGAGAGGUUGAGUGGGAGAGGAGAUUUGCGGAGAUGGCGGCCGCUAUGGAUAGGCUCUUAGCAGCCUGGGAGGCUAGCCAGAUGACACCUGAUAGCCAGGGCUGUGGGGUGCAGGCGCUGCCGAAUCAGGAAGUAGCAGUGGAGGUCCCUCGUCAGGCCGAGCCGAUGGAGGAGGCGCCCUUGGACGCAGUCGAGGAGGAGAGUGGCGCGCAGGAGUCACUUAUGGCUAUGUCCACGGAGAGGAGAGGUUCGCGCUUGCAUGAGCUGGCGACAACCAUGGGGAUACGCACUCCACAAGAGAGGCCUUAGAGACUCGAUGCUCCUGAGCAGGCCCCAAGGUUGGGAGAGUUGAGGGCGGAGCUGGGCUCCUGGGCCACGGAGA